UCUAGCACUCCAUCCUCUACCAUCACACGUCCAAUUGAUCCAAAUCUAAGUGAAACCAUAAUGCGACCAGGUGCUGUUGAAAAAUCCUCUCAAUCAAAAUUUCCCAGUUGCCAUUCACUGAACAGUCCAAAUGAGACACGUCACAGGAUCUUAUGAGCCCACGACAACUAAAAAACACUCUAAUCGAUUGCAUAUACCAAUGUCAACGACUCCAACAUCCUCCGUAUCUGUGGAUAAGGAUCCAGAAUUUUUUAUACCUGAAACACCAUCUCCCAUCUUAGUAGAGUCAGAAGUUCGAAGACGUGAAAGAAAUUCGACAUAUGCACGAAAGAAAAAACCGUCCAAUUCGAAAUUUUUCCAGUCAUGUCCUGAAGCCGUUGUGGAUCCCACUGAGAAUAAGGAGAGUCGUUCCCAACAAUUGCGUUCAAACACUGGAAGCAAGCGGCGGAAUUAUCUAUUGAGGAAUGCAGUGCAAUGUGGGACUUAAAAGAUCGAUGGUAAAAUGUAUUUUAUGAGAAGAACCUGUGCGUUUGAUUCUCUUGCCUCUAUUCUCUUGACAGCAGCCUUGGAUGACCGUAAUUAUUACCUUUUUCUCGAGCAAGCUGAAAAUAGUUUUUCAUCAUUUUUCCUGAAGUUCGUAGAGACAGGAGUGACAACAGAAUUGUACAAAGAGCGAUUUCUCUUACUGAAACCGCUAUAUGAAAGUACCGAAUCUGUGACUAGCAUCCAAAAUCUGGCCUUCGUGACUUCAUACGAUGCUACUGAUAACUCGACGGAUCUUUGGACGAAAUUAUUUGAGGCUCAUCCCAGUACUUUUCAUACCUCUGUGUGUGAAAUUUGUAAUGGCGAUGGUGAGCAUAAUUACACGAUUCAAAUUGAUCAUGCAGUUAUCCCGCAACAUGGCUUCAAGGCUCUUCAGAAAGCACUAGACUUCCAUCCGGUUAUUUACAACAAGCCGUGUAUAUGUGGAUUCCAAUGUACAGAAACAUCAGUGGGGAAUAACCACAUUUUCGUAGAACUUGGAACGAGGACUCAUUACGAUGCACCUCCAUUAAGGACUCGCUUGAAUAAUUUUCCAGUAGAAUUGACAUUAGAUUGCAAGUACAGACUCGUUGGUGUGAUCAACGAACAGGAAGAUCACUUCACUAGCUACUGUCGUCGAGCCUCAGGAUAUUGGCAGGAAUACGACGACGUACGAUCUCUUAUCCGUCAGUGUAAACCUGAAGAAGAAAUUCACCCCAUUGGUGAAAUUUAUAUUAAGAAGAUACCCGCGAAUAUGAACACAGACAAAUAAUAAUGCUAUAAGUAUUACAAUUUAUAUCUCUAGCAAUAUUAAAAUUGAAAAUACAAAUUUUCUCAAAGAAAAAAUAAAAACCAAACCAAUAAAACCAAAGAAAAGUGAGCAAAAUAUGAGAAUGAAGACAAAAAUUAUUUGAUAAAAAUUUGGUAAAUGUUUAUUAACAUAAUUCAAUGAAAGUAAUACAGAAUUCAAAGUGAUUUUUUCAGUUGCUUCUAAUUAAUUCCUCAAUUACCAAAUUACUUAAUUACCAAAUUACCAAAAAUGUCACGCAAUAAGAAUGACAAAAUUAAAAUAAUAAAUUGAGGAAUUGAUGAACGAAAUGAACAUUAGAUUUCUUAAAACUUAUGAAUGACUCCAAUAAAAUAAGCAAAUAAAUCAAUAAAAUAAUUCGAAAUGUUUUCUUUGAUUUUUGACAACGAAUUUUAAUUUUGUCUCGACUACUCCACUAGCUUGUUUAGUCGACUUUCCGAUUAGAUCGCA